AUGGAGUCUACAAAAUGCAAUGAACCAAGUCCACUCGGCAAGAUGAUAGUCGUUGCAUCCAUCGCCGCUGGUAUACAAUUCGGGUGGGCCCUUCAACUCUCCCUGUUGACACCAUAUGUUCAGCUGCUCGGUGUCCCACACAUGUGGGCCUCCUUCAUCUGGCUCUGUGGGCCCAUAUCCGGCUUGGUCGUUCAGCCUAUCGCCGGUUACUACAGCGAUCGUUGCACCUCCAGAUUCGGCCGCCGCCGUCCCUUCAUCUUCUUUGGCUCCCUCGCCGUCGCAAUCGCUGUAUUCCUCAUUGGCUUCGCCGCCGACCUUGGUUACUCAUUCGGCGACGACCUCACCAAAAAAACCCGCCCACGCGCCGUUGCAAUCUUCGUCAUCGGCUUCUGGAUCCUCGACGUGGCUAACAACAUGUUGCAAGGACCAUGCCGCGCUUUCCUCGGCGACCUCUCCGCCGGCGACUACAAGAAAAUUAGAGUCGGAAAUGCCUUGUUCUCAUUCUUCAUGGCCGUCGGCAAUGUCCUCGGUUACGCCGCCGGAUCCUACAGCGGCCUCCAUAAAAUCUUCCCCUUCACACAAACCAAAGCAUGUGACGUGUUCUGCGCUAACCUCAAGACUUGUUUCUUCUUCUCCAUCUUUCUUCUCCUUGUCCUCGCUGUGAUCGCUCUCGUUGUCGUGCAUGACGCACCAAUUAACCCACGUGAUCACAAUGUCGUCGACGAAGAAGAAACAGCUUCAUCAUCAUGCUUUGGUCGAUUAAUAUGCGGUGCAUUUAAGGAACUCAAGAAGCCAAUGUGGAUGCUCAUGUUGGUGACAGCUAUCAACUGGAUUGCAUGGUUCCCUUACUUCUUGUUCGACACUGAUUGGAUGGGUCGUGAGGUGUACGGUGGUGAUGCCGGUGAUGCUGCAUAUGGCGCUGGUGUCCGCGCUGGUUCAUUGGGUCUAAUGAUUAACGCUGUCGUUUUGGGUUUCAUGUCUUUGGCUAUUGAGCCAUUGGGUAAAAUGCUUGGUGGUGUUAAGAGGCUGUGGGCUACUGUGAACUUCAUUCUCGCAAUUGGCAUGGCAAUGACUGUUGUUAUCUCCAAACAAGCUGAGCACGAACGCCAUGUUGGCCUCCAUGUCGCAGGGUCACCCUCUGAGGCUGUUAAGGCUGGUGCCUUGGCUUUCUUUGGUGUUCUUGGUAUCCCUCUUGCGAUUACUUUCAGCGUUCCUUUUGCUCUGGCAUCAAUCUACUCGAGCGCUACAGGAGCAGGCCAAGGUUUGUCUUUGGGAGUCCUCAAUCUUGCCAUCGUCAUUCCACAGAUGAUUGUUUCAGCACUGAGUGGACCUUGGGAUAACUUGUUCGGUGGUGGCAAUUUGCCAGCUUUCGUGGUGGGUGCAGUGGCUGCUGUCGUGAGUGCUAUAAUGGCAAUUGUCCUGUUGCCUACACCAAAGGCAGAAGAUGAGGCCAAGGCUUCAACCGUUGCCACUGGGAGCUUCCAUUAA